GCAUCGAGGUGAAGGGCUUCGUCUCACGGUUGGUGGACGUUUGUGAUGACCCCAUGGCCAUCAAGGAGAAUCUUCUACUCGUGAUCGACUCGAUCAUGCGCCAUGCAGAGAAGGAAGAUGUUAGUGCCGUCCGAAAGUUCGAGAAGGCUUUCGCGCCGCAUCUCUACACCCUCUUUGGCGCCUGUGUGAAAAGUAGUGAGAACAGGUCGCAGGUGGCGACGUACCUGCUGAAAAAGUUAGUUCCCUUCUGGAAAGAGAACGCUUGGUUCUCCAGAGAGAU